CAGUCAGACGCACUUCAGUCCACUGUAAGAGAAGCGAGAUUUCAAUUAGGAAAGUGGUUUAUAGGAAUUUACUGAGAGAAGUGAGCUAGUAAGAAGCUUAGCAGGACAAAGGGAAAAGUUGAGAACUCUCAAGUCUUUCUUCCUGUUUCAUUUAUUUUGAACCUCAAGAGUUAUUUUUCAAAUCUCCUCUUUGGGACACGGUGAUGUGCUGCGCUCUCCGGACAGUACCUGCGCUGAUGGGCCGGGCCGGGAGAUGAGCAGCGGGCGGUGUGGGGGUGCCAGGGGCGCACGAGGAGGUCUGGACGCUUAGGCCACACGGAGAGACAGGGCUGAGACCGCCUCAUGUGUCGGGUCUCCUCUGUGUUCUGGUCCCCACCCACCCCCAUCCUCCCAGCGCCAGUGGGAUGUCCCAGGUGUGUCUUCUCUUGGCCUUGCUUUUGCUCUGCAGCUGCAAAAAGGUCUUCUCUACAAACUCCCUGGAGCUUGUGAAGGAGAACUGGAGCGGCUACAAAGACCAGUGUCUGGACUACCUCAACGCCACACCUCCCGCCUCAGUGCUGGUGUGUAACAGGACCUUUGACCUGUACGCCUGCUGGCCUGAUGGACUCCCAGGAACCACUGUCAAUGUGUCCUGCCCAUGGUUCCUGCCAUGGUACCGCAAAGUUCAGCAGGGUCUGGUCUACAGAGUCUGCAGUGAAGAUGGUCAGUGGGCGCGAAAGAAUACCAGCGAGUGUGAGGACGACCCUGGUGAGCAGCAUUAUGGCCGCAUCCUCAGUCAGUUACGCAUCAUGUAUACAGUGGGCUACUCGCUCUCCCUGGGGGCUCUGCUACUGGCCCUUGGUAUCCUCAUCACCUUCAGGAAGCUCCACUGCAUGAGGAACAACAUUCACAUGAACCUGUUCGCAUCGUUCAUCCUGAGAGCCGUGUCCAUCCUGGUCAAAGACGCCCUACUGACCCUCACUCUGGACCCCAGGAGCGGCGGGGACACCCGGACACAAGCCUGGGUCAACAUACCGGCUGUUACGUGGUGUCGUGGUGCCAUGGUGAUGAUGCAGUACAGCGUGAUGGCGAACAACUAUUGGCUGCUGGUAGAGGGUAUCUACCUGCACAGCCUGCUAGUCAUCACCGUGUUCAGCGAAAGGAAGUACUUCUACAUAUAUCUGGCCAUUGGCUGGGGUGCACCGCUUAUAUUCGUUUUGCCGUGGAUCACAGUGAAAUAUCUUUAUGAGAAUGAAGAGUGCUGGGAGAGGAAUAUUAACAUGGGAUAUUGGUGGAUUAUCCGUUCCCCUAUACUAUUUGCUUAUCUGAUUAACUUCUUCAUAUUCAUACGGAUCAUCAAAAUCCUGAUGUCUAAGCUCAGAGCUCAUCAGAUGAGAUACACUGACUACAAGUUCAGAUUAGCAAAGUCCACUCUGACUCUCAUUCCUCUCCUUGGGAUACACGCUAUCCUCUUCACCUUUGUCAUCGAUGAGUCCGUCCCUAAAGGCUCUAUGCUGCGCCUCAUCCGCCUCUUCUGCGACCUGCUGUUCAACUCUUUCCAGGGCCUGCUGGUUGCCAUUCUUUACUGCUUCGUCAACAAAGAGGUGCAGUCAGAGAUGCUAAAAAAGUGGAAGAGGUGGAAGCUGGGUAAGGACAUCGACGAGGAGUACCGCCACACCCACAGCCACACGCCGCACAUCAAGAGUGGCAGCAUCGCCACCGGCAACCUGCCCUAUCUCAACGACAACAACGCCAGCGACCCAAGUGGCGACUCGCCUCGACUCAACAAAGCUGAGCCCUCCUGCUCAGCCGCACCCGAGGAGAACCGCCAACUAGUGGUUUCCUACAGCAACGGCAUGGGGAAAUGCAGGACCACCAAGAGCAGACACACCCUGCAGUUCUCUUUCCUGCCACACCGAGGCACCAGCAGUCACGUGAGCACAGCCACAGAGGAGGCGCGUCUGGAGGAGAAAUUGCACACAAACACUGUUGAAGGGGAGGAGACUAAUGUCUGAGGGCGCCCUGCUCUAAAGAACUCGUCACAAAGACUAACACUGUGCUUAGAGAUGUUUCGGAUCAGUGUUUAACACGCGCAAACAAGACAGCCUGAGUGGGAAGAGAAUGAUGACAUAACCCCAAAAAGGUCACGAUGUUUUAACCGGCCUGCUGCAAAUUAAUAGUUAAUUGUUUUUGGGACCUUAAGCUAAUAUGUACGAUUCACUUCAGACAUCGGGAGUGAUUCAAUACGCUCAAAAGAAGCUCUCAUAAUGGUGUGUGUGUGUGUGUGUGUGUGUGUGUGUGUGUGUGUGUGUGAUAUUGAGGACUCCUAUUAGGACCCUUCUCACAUCCCCCAUGUGUCAUGACUCAUGAGUCAAGUGUACCGCUGUGGCCACACUUGUGUUGUGUGACAGAUUCUAGCAUGGAUGCUCAUUUGUGGUACUCUUAUACAAAAAAAAUCUCAAAAGUGCCAAAAAAAAAAGCUAUUUAUGUUGUUCUUUUGGUUUCCUGAUACUGAAUGUGACUUCAGCAUGCAUGACUCGUGAUGUUUUGUUUGUAACAGGAUGAAGACAGAACUAUUCGGACAUUCUUCAUGUGUUGAGGAAGAAGAUGCUUUGCUCUUCAGAGAGACUAUAAUAUUUAAGUUAUUCUGGUUUUAAAUGACCAUGCCAAACAAGAAAAUAAUAAUACGUCUUUUUACAUCAAUUGGGUAAAGCAGGUAUCCACUCCUUCAUGCACAUUCCUGUCCUCCCUUCUUUGUUUAUAAUAACCCCUUUUCUUUCUUUUUAAACUGAAUUUUGUGGUUGAAUGUAUAAUGACAAUGGAGAAAUAUGGGUGGUAUUUAAGUGUAUAUAGGUAAUUUAAAAACAUGCCCACAAGACCUACUUUUCAGUAAAACUGUAUUCUGUUGAAUUGAGGCAAACACAGAACAUUAAGUGCUUUUUUACACAAUGGGUUUUCCAUUUCAAAAUCCACAUUAACAACACAGGACCCACUUGAAAUGUUCUUUAUUCUUGGAAUUGGGUCUGGAUUUAAUUCUUGGUAUUACGUUUUCAGUCAUCAAAAGCCAUCAAUGAUUUUCACAAAGAUAGUAUACAAACACUCAAUUGAAGUGUAAGUGAGAGAACUGUACAUAUUAAACUAAACUAACUUUAAUAAAAGUGAAUACUGGUAUUAUAGAGUCAAGGACGUGUUGGUGGAGGGAUGUGUUGUUGUUCAGUGCUUUCGCUUGCAAUCCAGGUGACAGAAAAGAAUAAACAUGACUUAUUACCUUGAGAAAGACACAAAACAUGAUUGUACCUGUCCUUUACUUUCAAUGUUGCAAUUGGCAGGAUGGGGUCCAAAGCAAAAAAAUGUCAAAAGUUUCAUAAAUAAGCCAAAUUGUUGUGUCUGAUAUGUAUUUGUGGAUCCAAUUAAACUGAAUUCUGUCAGCAAAAAAAGUGUC